AUGGCUGAAGCAACAUCACAACAGACUGCAAAUCCAGUAAUAUCAGAGCAAGAUGUAACGCCUAAGACCGAAGUGACCGAAUCGUCACCAAACAACGUUGACGCACCUCUGUCCACGUCGGAGACAGAUGACUCAUCGACUCAGAAUACGAAUUCAACAGAAUCAGAACAACAAAAUGAGUCACCAGCGAUCGGUAGUACAUUAGAAGCUUCCAACACGGCCGGAUCAGAACAACAAUCAACAAUUGGAAAUGAACCAAAUGAAGCAUCGAGCGCUGAUAAUCCUCCAAGUGCACAAGACGAACCGACGUCACCACCAGCUACAAUCACUGAAAAAUCAGAUCAGCAGCCAUCAUCUCAAGCUGAUUUGAGUGAAUCGUCAACUACCGAGAAUCAACCACCAACAGAGACUGGUGCAGGAACACCCCAACCUUCACCCGCAGGAGAAACAGAGCAGCAGUCACCACCUCAAACUGCGUCAGCUGAACAAUCGGGUAACGAUAAUCCAUCGAGUACACAAACGAUAACAACACCUGAGGCCUCGAAUACGACCGAAUCAGGACCACCGUCUGCAGGUCAAUCAGAACCAACUGAUCCGUCGGAUAAUGAUGAUCGAUUAGGCACACCGGUCACAACGACAACAUUACCACCAUCCGAUGCUUCGAAUGCAAACGAAUCAGAACCUCCGUCAGCAGGCCAAUCAAAACCAACUGAUCCGUCGGAUAAUGAUGAUCGAUUAGGCACACCAGUCACAACGACAACAUCACCACCAUCCGAUGCUUCAAAUGCAAACGAAUCAGAACCUUCGUUAACAGCUCGAUCUGGGUCGACUAAUACAUCGAAUGUUGGUCAUUCACCAUCACCACAAAAUGAUACUGGAAAUGCAGGUGACUCGCAGAACUCGAAUUUAAAGACAACGGAUCCUAACAAGCCGGGUGCAGUAAGUUCGAUAGUUAACACAGGUAUAUCGUCACCCAUCGAUUCACGGGAACGACAAGACUCGAAUUCAAAGACAGCUGAUCCUAACAAGCCGGGUGCAGUGGGUUCGAUAGUAAACACAGGUAUAUCAUCACCUGGUAUUUCACGAGAACCACAAGAUGCUCAAAAACGUCCGGUUUCAGGCGCUGGACCAUCGUCAUCUAUUUCCGAGCGACCCUCUGCUGAAACGUCAACAAAUGAUCCACCAAUAUCGUCUACUGGCGUCGAUUAUAGUUUUGACAACCCCAGUCGAACACCAGCGGGUUAUCAAAAGGGAACAUCCAACAAGGCUGGAAGUUCUAAUAAAGCUCAAACAUUACACUCAGCGAUUCCGCUUCUGGUUUGUGUCGCUAUUGCAUUAGUAGUCUCCAUUCUUGAGAUCGUCUUUGGUAUUACAUAUAGCAAUCACUGUUCAGCGGAUCCUCUUAUUCCAACUUAUUUACAUCUAGCUGGAAUACUCUCGAUAUUUACAACUACACUUGCUAUUGUUACAGCAUUAGCCCUGACCUUGGUGCCACGGAAAGAAGUGAAAGAUAAAAAAAUCUUAACAAUUCUAGCAAUAGCUCUACGUAUAAUCUUAAUCGUUGCUCAUAUUCUUUUAGUUAUAUUCUUGCUUUCCCUUCUCAAUCAUGCAUUGAAUAUUAUCAAGGUUAUUCAGUACGAUCGAAUGUACGAAUCGCAAACAUAUUGUAAGAAGAAACUACAUCGAUUUACGGCUAUUAUUUCCGUUAUUCAUAUUAUCGAUACAGUUCUUCUCUGCUGUUUCGCAUUUCGCCUGCCGAAGAAACAAUGA